AUGUUGAAGAUAUGGUCUAUGAAGCAGAAGCAGCAGCAAGAGGCUAACGCAGAUGCUGCUGCAGGCAACAAGAGAAAGAAGGUUACCGCUGCGCAGCUUCGAGUCCAAAAAGAUCUCUCGGAGCUGUCUCUCCCCAAUACCAUGAAGACCGACUUCCCAGACCCCGAUGAUACCCUCAACUUCACACUCACGAUCGAACCGGAUGAGGGCAUGUACAAGGGUGGCAGAUUCCACUUUACGUUCGCGAUCAGCCAAGGCUUCCCCCAUGAGGCACCGAAGGUCAAGUGCACGCAGAAGAUCUACCAUCCCAACAUUGAUCUGGAGGGAAACGUCUGUCUAAACAUUUUGCGGGAAGACUGGAAGCCGGUGCUGAAUCUGCAGGCCGUUAUUGUCGGUCUCCAGUUCCUCUUUCUCGAGCCAAACGCCUCUGAUCCUUUGAACAAAGAAGCCGCGGAGGAUUUGCGAUCCAACAGAGAAGGUUUCAAGCGUAACGUCCGGUCGGCUAUGGGUGGUGGGGCGGUCAGGAGUGAGUCUUUUGACAGAGUGUUGAAGACGUAG